AUGGAAUUCAAAAGAAGACAUCAAAAGAGGCAUGAAAAAUAUGUUGUAGUUAUAAAAGCUCAUGGGGUUUUUAUGAAAGGCAUAUCGAUUAGAGGAAAGGCCAAUGAUGCCUUUAAUGAUGGUGACGAUUAUUGUCUUAAGAAUAUUAUUUAUGUUAUUCUGAAUGUUGAGGUACUCACCUCUGAAACUAGUCCAGACAACCUCAUGCAUAAUAUCCUCACUCACAUUGAACAUACUGAGAGUGGUUAUAAUAUUAAUGUAUUUCAAGAUAUCACUGAAGAUUUUAGUGAAGAAGGAAAUGAAUAUGUCAACCAGGAUGUGUCAGACAACUUGUAUGACAUGUUGGUGACUGAGUCUCCAACUCAAAAGGAGGAUUUUCCUCUGACAAUCCUGAAAUGA